AGAAUGGGCAGCAGCGAGUCGCCAGUAGCGAGCAGCGACAGUGACCGACAACAACUCCCAGCCUCAACUUCUGCCUGUUCUGCCGCACGGAGGGCGCAGUGCAGGUUUGUCACUUUCGGAGUAACACCGUGUACCUCAGACGAUGCAAAGCGCGGUGCUGACCACCGUGCUGCUGGUUCUGCUGCCGGUCGCCCUGGGGCUACAGGUCAACGGCAACGCCGGCGGACGCAGACACCACCGGUGGCAGCGCUCGACCGCCGAGGAGGAGCUCGCCAAGUGGACCCAGUGUCAGCGCGACAGACAGUGCGACCAGGCGACCUGCAGCGAGUGCGGCCCGGACGACCGGGACUGCGUGGACAUGUGCAGGAGGGCCUGCUGGUGCGGCUGCGGCGGAUACGGCAGCAGCUUGGACUGGGACUCGUGGGACAAGUGCAGCAAGGAGAGGCGGUGCUUCAGCACCUACUGGGCGGGCUGCGGCGGGGCGGGGGAGUGCAAGGACUCGACCGUGCUGGACUACAAGAGGUGCGACUGCGAGUGCGUGCAGCAGGCCAGCAACCGAACCAGCCCACCAAGGCGGUGACCAGCAUCAAAGGAAACCUCCGGUAAGGCCUUCGAAACAAAAUAAAAUAAGGAGGAGCCAAGCAUAAAAUGUCAAAACUCUUAUUAUACAAUAAAUGCUGAUUAAUUGUUCUGAAAA